CAGGGUUGGGUCGAAGGCAUCGUAAACUUGGGUCUCAUGUAUAUGAAUGGUUUGGGUGUCGCUCGUGAUUACCGUCGAGCCAUCAGAUUCUUUACCCUCGCCUUACAGUCCCAGCACUUGUUAGCCAUCUAUCAUUUGGGACAACUGUUUGGCGGCGGCCAUGGAGUGGCCAUAUCGUGUCGGACGGCCGUUUCGCACUUUAAAUCAGUGGCCGAAAGGGGUGUCUGGUCUCGAGAAUUGACUGAAGCCGACAACCACUACAAGAAUAACAAAGUCCUGCAGGCGUUCAUGAAAUACGCGUUUCUGUCGGAUAUGGGUUACGAAAGCGCUCAGAGUAACAGUGCUUUCAUUUUAGAAAAUAAACCCAUCGAUGGUCUCGAUAUAGAUGGCUAUAAACGCCAAAGUCUUGCCGUCAAAUACUGGACUCAGUCGGCAGCGCAAGGCCUGUCAUUCUCGCGCAUCAAAGUCGGUGAUUAUCAUUACUACGGGAUGGGAACGCCUGUCAACUAUGGUUUGGCCGCUCAGUACUAUCGCAAAGCGUCUGAAUUGCGGUUUUCAUCGCAAGCUCUCUUCAAUUUGGGAUUUUUACACGAAAAGGGUUUAGGAGUCCAUCGGAACACCAAAAUGGCUCUCAUUUACUACGAUAUGUCCGCUCAGGUCGACAGCGACGCCAAAGUAGCCGUCUUUCUGGCCAAACAUAAACUCAAAGCCACUCAACAGUUGCAGACAUUUCUCAGUUUCAUUGACUUAAGGAAAUAUUUUGGAAACAAAUGGGAUUUGGUUUUGAUUUUCGUACUGUUCAUUGCAAUGACUUUUGCGGUGUAUUUCAAAUUGAAAUGA